GAAUCUUUAAUAUAAUAGAGAAAAAAAAGUCAAAGAUACAAAUAUACACCAAUGCAAAUGGAGGAAAACGUCCAAAUGAAAGAUUCCAUUGAACCAGAGAAUGAAAUGUCGACAGAAAAAGUCGAAAAAGAAGAGAAAAUGCAGGUGAAUUUAGAGGUUAUCGAAGACAUAGAGACUACAACUUCGCAACAACCGGUUUAUCAAAUACGACCUCAACUACACGACAAGUUUAAACCUUUAAACGCAAAAGAGGUAAUACAUAAUGUAUUAUUCGAUCAGCUUUCUGCAAAAACUUAUGAUUCGGGGGAAGCUGUUCAAUGGACUAAAGAUAUAGCAGAUAUAAUUAGAGAGAAAGUUAAAGAUUUAAACUUCAAACGUUACAAAUAUAUUGUAAAUGUUGUUUUGGGUGAACAACAUGGAGCAGGAGUAAAAAUGGGUACAAGAUGUAUUUGGGAUGCGGAAGCUGAUAGUUAUGCUUAUGAUAGUUUUGUGAAUCAUUGGAUACAUACAAUAGGUACAACUUUUUCAGGACACUAUAUUCUGUGUGGCUACUGUGUAUGCUGUAUAUUUUUACUAGAGAUGGUAUGCCUUCAAAUAUUCUCUGACAAAAUUCGCUACUUUUGAUAAGACUAUUUAUAAAGUGUCACGGAUGUUGGAGGAAAAUAAAGAGCGAUCGGAU